CGUCCGAGCUCAUUCGGCACUCAUUCUCGCAUCGUUUCCUUUUCCCGGUAGACGUCCUCUCUUGAACUUUUGUUUAUUGCGAUCCUUUUUACGUUCAGUCUCGCUGUUUAGCAACUAACUUUCCGUUUUUUGUCUAUCCAUCCCUCAAGAUGAUUUUCCAAAGCAUCGUGUCUGCGUUGGUCUUCGCUGCCAUUGCCUCCGCCGCCGUCAUCACUGUGCCCAAAUACGCCACUACACACGCUCCAUUGGAAUACGCCACCAAUAAAUUCGUAGAGUCGGAUUUGGAUUCGCCAAUUACAACUGUGAAACCAGCUGAUACGAUUACAACCGUGAAACCAGCAGAUAAGAAUGCAACCGUGAAACCGGCAACACCAGCACCAACCCAGGCACCCAUGAUCAACUGUUAUUGCAACCUGCCCGAAUGUUUAGUGGCCGCCGGUGGAGAUGGAACUUGCUUCACCCGGCUUGGCUGUUAUUCUGAAGUUCACCCCUUCAUUCCUGAAAUCGAGGGGAACCUCGAUAUCUUGAACAUGACUCCGACCGUGACCGAAUCAAACAAAACCGCUAAUAGCUCAUCUGUUUUUACCACCGAACAUGCAGCAGUCAUCAGAGGAUCAUAUGGAUGUUUGGACCAGUUGCACUUCGCAAAACAAUCCUGCGAGGAAAUUCUGAAAUCGAUGGAAGCCGAAUCCUCCGAAUUCCCCAUUCUGCAAAUUCCUACUAAUGGAGCUGCACCCUCUGCCGCCGCUAUUGUCCAUGCAUUCCACUGCUGUCAAACAGAGAGAUGCAACGGAAACCAAUCGGGCCCAGCAGAGGGAUCCGUGAAAUCUGCCCAAGCCGUUUUAGUCGCUGCCUUGAAAAACUCUUUUGCACCCCCUCCCGGGAUGCAAAAUUCUACAGUGGGGGUGCCUUGGACCCCCGCUGUCAAAUCAUCGGUCAACAAUGUAGAAUUAUCCAAUUCCAACACUUCGGUCAACCAUGAAGAAUUAUCCAAUGCCAACACUUCGGUCAACCAUGAAGAAUUAUCCAAUGCCAACACUUCGGUCAACAAUGUAGAAUUAUCCAAUGCCAAAACUUCGGUCAAAAAUGUAGAAUUAUCCAAUGCCAAAACUUCGGUCAACAAUGUAGAAUUAUCUAAUGCCAAAACUUCGGUCAACAAUGUAGUAUUAUCCAAUACCAAAACUUCGGUCAACAACGUACAACCAUCCAAUGCCAAGAAAAAUAACGCAGCAGCUGCAGACUUGUGGCUUGGAUACUUCUCCCCUCCUUUGGGUGAACCAAAAGCCCCAUCCUCCUUGAAAUCGGAUACCAUCUUUGAGGAUGCCUCAUUGAUUGAUGCCACCACUCCCGCCGUCCCCAUGGCGAUGACACCAAAAUUAUCCGUGGUCGUACCAGUCAACCAGGAGAUUACCCAUGACGAAACCGUUGCCAAUGUGGAACACGUAGUGACCAAACGUCACGACAGCCAAAAGGUCGUGCCAGUCUUAAAGCAGACAAUUGAUGACCAGGAGAACAUUGCAGACUUCGACGACGACAUCGCGGCCGAGGUUGCAGCCGCUGUUGCCACCGCCAAGUCACCAGUAAUGACCACCCACCAGGACACCGUGUCCUCCGGAUCCUCUGGGUCCUUAUCGGACUCGUGGUCACCUCGUCAUAGUGGCGUUCCGGAUUUUUUGCCACCCCCGAGCCUGAAGAAGAAUUUUACUACUAAUUCCAUCUUAGCGACUCGGGGAGUAAACAACAACAGCAACAGCUAUAAUAACCAAGCCGAUAACAACGACAGCGGCUCGACCAUGAUCGGUAUAAUCUGCACCAUCGUCGUAUUGUGCAUAAUCGGACUGUCCCUAUUGAUGAUGAUCGUGUUAAGAGCCAUCAUCCGCAAGUAUGACGUAUUCAGAAACUAUAAAGGUGUGUGCAGCAACCCAGGCCAACCUUGCGCAUGCAACGGCGGACUGACCAGGCGCAGGCCUCGCACGCAGCCGUCCUCGUCCCACCCAGACGCCGCGGCCGCCGCGGUCAACCGUAGUGCCAGCACCGCUCCACUGCUGCCGCCGCCCAACCCCGGCCACAUGUACCGCGGCCACGCCAACGCCGGUGCAUCCUACAACGACUCGAUCGGAGAUACCACUUACGUGUUCACCACCAUACCAGUGCCCGACCACGUGACACCGGUGAGGGUGGUCCGCCGUUAAGGCGCGCACUCAACUAUGGUUGUGGUCAAAGCACCCGCGCAGGAGGAGGUACCUAUUAUUAUAUUGUUAUUGUCUUACAGUAAUAAUAUUAAUAUUAAUAUUAGUAUAUUAUCGUAUCGAAAAAGACGACGACGACGAGAAUAUUAUUAUUAUGACGUCAUUUCGGUAUUUUAGUAUUUAUAUUAUUAUGAAAUAUUAUUACACGUUGGUAGAUAGGUGCCUAUGUUAUUAUAAUUAUUAUUAUUGUUAAUUGCGUGUUCUUUGGAUAAGACUGAUGACAAUGUUUUUUUCUUCAUAUUAUCGUAAUAGAUUUCAUAGGUAAUAGGACGAACGAACGGGUUAGGUUACUAUUAUAAUAAUUAUUAAUUAUUGACUAUACCGUAAACCUGGUCCGAGUACUCGGGACAUGUUUUAUCGUUUUUUAAUUUUAAAUCUAUAAAAGAUUUUGUUUAUCACGUGCGUAGACAUUGGAGGGUUGAAUUUAAGACUGAGCUGUAAAUGUUACGCUUCACGACCCUGUUCCUGUUUAUGUUUUGAAUUCGAUCGUUUUCACAAACUGCUAUUUUCGCAAUAUAAUAAUAUUAUGGUGUAAAUAAUAACAUUGUUGAAUUUAAUUUAAAAAAUACGCACCUUUUGAAUAAUACAUAAAAUAUCCUUCAUAAUUUGAUACUAUAGGAUGCGCUCAGCACCUUAUCCAGCUAAUUCACUUAUAUAUUUUUAAACUUUUGAAAAUAUUACGUAGACGAUUACAAAUUAAUUAGCUCAAUUUAUACCGCGCCUUGUUUUUAGUUUUUAUUAUUAGGUAUGAUCGCCGACUAAAUUAAUUGAUACAAUCAUAUAACGAUGACUUGAUUCAAAAUCCCUUCAACAUUACUAGAGUCCCAAAUGAACCAUAAUAUAUGUACUAUGUCCCGAGCAAUUCCCCAGUUUUAGGGUACCUAGGUUUAGAUAUUUCAUUUUAUUUUUAAGCAGACAAGGAGGGUAGAAAAAUCCCAAUAUUUUGAUCCUCAUUCUGCGGGAUCGUGAUGCGUUUACUAUAUACGGAUCGGUGGGUCAGCGUAAUCAUCCCUAUAUCUUGACGCCCCUUCCUGCACCCUCCCUCGCACCGCAUUAUUGCGUCUCAUUUUUAUUAUUUUAUUUUAUUAUAUUAUAGGUAACUGAUUUAAAUUUUGAUUCAAUUUCUAACAACGUUUUACGACAGAAUAAAGUGGCUCAUUUACGUCGACUAUAUUUUAUUUAUAUUCAUUGUUCACGUCCAAGACGAUUAAUAUCUACAUGUAAUUUCUCCAUUACAUAUUAAACUACUUAUAUUAUGUUAUUAUUUACACGACAAUCAUUGUGAGGACGCUACAAUCGCAUGUGUGGUAUAACGAAUGGCAAAUAUGGCGAAUUGUUCGUUCAAUAAUCCAAAAUAUUAUGAAUUGACUUAUUAUAAAAUAUUCUUACUUUUAAAUUUGAUAACUAUUGGUCAAUUCACUCUAAUAUUAUAUAUAGCUUAACGGAUCAUUCAGAAUGUACAAUUUGUCAUGUUAUGAGUUUGUAAGACGAUGUAGUAAACACUAUACGUGAGGGCGAGUGGCGUCCUAAAGAGUAACUAUCGCCAAGUUCCGUGUAGAUGUGUGGUGUGUGUGUUUUUUUUUGUUUUGCAUCAUUUAAGGGUAUAUACAAUCUUGACAGAAUUUGUUAAUAAAUAAAUUUUUUAAUUUUUUAAUAUACUAUAAUAAUAAUAAUAUACUUAACAAUUUUUAAGAAUAAAUAAUGGAAAGAAAUCGUCGAGGUUUGAGAGAGAAGUUUUCAUUCAUUAGUUAUCGCAUUUUUAUGUUAUUUCAUAAUGCAGCCAUCCUACAUAGCUCUUUUUUCUUUUUUUAAAAACAAACCUAUAUAAUGGUAUCUGUCGACUGUAAAUAGCCACUUUUCAUUCUCUCUGUCGGAUUUUAAACUAUUAUUUUUACAAUUUGUAUAUAAUCUAAAUAUUUUAAUUAUUAAUCAUCGUCUGAGCAACUUGUAUUUUUUCCUAUCGCUCAUGUACUUACAGCGAAGACACUCGCUUUUAAACGAUGACUACCUACGUUGUCGCAUAAUACAAGUACUGAAAUGUAUACCGGUCAAUAAUUUGCAAUAUUGUAACUCCUAUUAUUAUAUACAUAAUUACAUAAACUUUCAAAUUUAUAAUUUCUGUUCAUAUCUAUUUGUAUGUAAAUAUAUACAUCAAUAUAUAAGUACGUAUAUAAUACUAUACACCUAUACCUAUAUUGUAAUUUUUAUUCGGAAACUCAUAUUCUGUUAUUUUACUAUUACUAAUAUUAAUUAUAUUGUCAUACUUGUUUUCCGAUGAUUUGUAUAUCAUGUUAUGUAGG